CUCUCAGCACCAUUUGUUCAUUCAAAUCUCUCUCCUGAAUUCUUCCCCCGAGUUUCUGUUGGCAUCCCCCAUUUCGAACAAUGGCCAACUCUGAGAAUUCCAUGGAGAAAGAGAGAGUAGAAGACGGCAACAUGGUGACUAAAAGCUCUUCCUUUAGCACGGCGAGAAGUGGAUACAAAGCUGAUCAGUAUGAGUACACACUUGAUGGAUCAGUGGACUUCAGAGGCAGGCCUGCAGCCAAGGGCAAGACCGGAGGCUGGGUGGCAGGAUCACUUGUGCUAGUGAAUCAGGGACUGGCUACCCUUGCGUUCUUUGGGGUCGGAGUCAACCUGGUAUUGUUUCUAACAAGAGUUCUGCAGCAGAACAAUGCAGAAGCAGCCAACAACGUUAGCAAAUGGACAGGCACAGUCUACAUCUUCUCCCUGGUAGGUGCCUUCCUCAGCGACUCUUACUGGGGAAGAUACAAGACGUGUGCCAUUUUCCAAGCCAUGUUUGUAAUAGGUUUGGUGCUGCUCUCUUUAUCCACACACAUGUUUCUUCUGAAACCCACAGGCUGUGGCGAUGAGGACUUAAACUGUGCACCUCACUCGAACAUCGAGCUGGGGUUCUUCUACCUCUCAGUCUACCUGGUUGCCCUAGGAAAUGGAGGGUACCAGCCAAACAUAGCCACCUUUGGAGCAGACCAGUUUGACGAGGAGGAUUCUGUAGAGGCUCGCUCCAAGAUUUCAUUCUUCAGCUACUUCUACCUGGCACUUAACCUGGGCUCUCUCUUCUCCAACACAUUCUUGGGUUACUUCGAGGACGAGGGCAUGUGGGCGCUGGGCUUCUGGGCAUCAGCUGGGUCUGCCAUGACGGCCCUGAUCCUCUUCCUCUGUGGCACGACUAGGUACAGGCACUUCAAGCCGAUUGGCAACCCCUUCUUCAGGGUCUGCCAGGUCAUUGUGGCUGCAUCAAGGAAGUGGAGGGUCAGGCUGCCGUCAAGUGGAGAAGAUCUCUACGAGGUGGAGGGAAAAAAGAUCUUAGACUCAGAUGCUAAUGGAAGCAGAAAGAUAUUGCACACUGAAGGGUUCGAGUUCUUGGACAGAGCAGCGGUCGUUGAUCCAAUGAAUGACUUCAUGGACAAAAAGAAUGAAUCGAGUGCCCACAAUCCAUGGCGCCUCUGCCCCGUCACACAAGUCGAAGAGUUCAAGUGCGUGCUUCGACUCCUCCCCAUAUGGCUGACCACCAUCAUCUACUCCGUCGUCUUCACGCAGAUGGCUUCCCUCUUCGUCGAGCAAGGUGCAGCCAUGAACAAUGUCGUCGGCAGUUUCCACAUUCCUCCCGCGAGCAUGUCUGCCUUUGACAUCGCCAGCGUCGCACUCUUCAUAUUCUUCUAUCGCAGACUGCUCACCCCUUUGGUUUCGAGAUGGAUGAAGGAUUCAAAAGGGCUCACGGAGCUGCAGAGGAUGGGAGUCGGGCUCGUCAUAGCAAUUACGGCAAUGAUUUCAGCCGGAACAGUUGAAGUCUACCGCCUUAAGAAUGUGUGCAGCAGCUGCACCGACGACAGUUCUCUGAGUAUCCUAUGGCAAAUCCCUCAGUACAUGCUGAUAGGGGCCUCCGAGGUGUUCAUGUACGUCGGCCAGUUGGAGUUCUUCAAUGACCAGGCGCCGGACGGGCUGAAGAGCUUCGGCAGCGCACUCUGCAUGACCUCGAUAUCGCUAGGGAACUACGUGAGCAGUCUCUUGGUGACCAUAAUCAUGGAGAUCACCGCGAAAGGCGAUCGACCAGGGUGGAUUCCGGUGAACCUGAACAGAGGGCACAUGGACAGGUUUUACUUUCUCCUCGCGAUCUUGACUGCUGCAGAUCUUGUUGUGUUUGCAGCCUGUGCAAGAUGGUACAAGAGCAUCAAGUUAGAGGGAAGGUACGAGGAUGAACAAGACAACUACGACGUCUAACUAUGAUUUAAUCGGAAGCUUCGCGGCAUUGAUUCUUUGAUUGAUGCAAAGAAAAAGGCCAGAACAUUUCUAGUUCGCUAGAAAGAGUUAAGGACGAGCUUCGAGCCCAGGUUUGGGCAUGUUUCUGAUACAGAAUGUAAAGUGUAAACCCUCUAUUUUCUUUAUUAUGGAAAUAAUAAUAA